AAAAUGGGACCCAUCUCAACCUCUCCAAUUCCUUCCUAACUCUGGACACAACCAAAACCAAACUAUAAAAAAAGUUCACUCCAAUGUAGAAGAGGAGAGAAGAAAAAGGAGGCUCAACUCGAGAAGAAAUGUCGUCCACCCAAAGACACCACCAAACUUACUGGUGUCACGAAUGCGACAUGAGCAUCCACCUCCUCGCCACCGCCGCCAAUAAUCCUACUCCCUUUUGCCCUCACUGCCACCGCGACCAUCUUGAACUUAUGGACGACCCCACUCCCAUCACAGCCACCGACACCAACACUUUCUUCCUUGACAGUCCCUCCUUUCGCCGCUUCUUUCUCCCAUUUUUCGCUGACAGCAAUCCUUCUGGUGACGAUACUACUAUCGACUCCGUCAUUCCCACGAUCAAAAUAACAUCUUCCUUUCUGGACGACGACCCAGUACUUCUCUGUGCAGUCUGUAAGGACCAGUUCGUCAUCGAUGUUGAUGCAAAGCUACUUCCUUGCAACCACUUGUUUCAUCCUGACUGCAUUCUCCCAUGGCUUAAUUCCAACCACGACUCAUGUCCUCUCUGUCGCUUCCAGCUCCCGAAACCAUCAAAGAAUGAUACUUCGGCGGCCACUACUACAAGUGAGUCUUCUUCUAAUUUGUCAUCGCCGUCGCACGUGAUAGAAGUGAGAGAACCUCGAAGUUUUAUGGACUGCACAGGCAGCUUUAGUAGAAUUGCGAUGGAAAUGGGAUUUGCCAAUCAGGAUGCUGCUGAUUGCGCUUUUCCUGAUGUUGGGGUUUUGUCCAAUUUUCUUCCUUCACAUUUUUAGUUAGGUGAUUUGAGUAUUACUUGAGGGCUUUGAUGGUUUCGUUAUCUUAAACCGGUUUAAUGAAGUGUAAAUCAGCAGCGAGUGAUUAUGAUACUACAAAUACUAUUGAUGGUUUGAAGGGCUUACUUGGUUUGUUAUCGUGCAUUGCUUUCAUUAUGUAUAAAUCAGCAUCAUACAAAUAUAGAGAACUUUUUACGGGUGUGCACCCCCCCCCCCCCCUAACAGUACUGUAUAAGCUACGAAUAUCAGCUUUUUGAGACUGGAUUUUGACCAAUAAAUGGAAGGGUAAGGUGCAACUCUGGCUUCUAAAUGCAAUUAGCAUGGAAGUUUGUUGAAAUUGUAAUUCUUGCUCUUACAGACAACUAUAUUGCUAUGAUAUUGUUCCUUCAAUCA